UUGAUACGCGUACCAAGUGCUCGGUGUAAACUAGGUCUGUAGCGUCGAAUAGACCACAUUCAUAGGUGUAUCGAAGAUCGAUAUUCAGGGGUUGAGUAUCGAUAUGCCAAAAUAUCGAAUAAUAAAGUAUCGAUACAAAAAUACCGAUAUUUGAGUAUUGAAGUAUCGAUAUUUGUAAUAUCGAUACUGUAUCGCCCAUCACUACUAGCAACAUCGUGAAACGCGGUUAUACGAUAAUCCAAGCAAAUUCGAGUGAGGUUAUUUGUAUUUACGAUAUCGUUGACGAGUUGUAAACAAGAAUUUCCAUUCUUUUACUGACGCGACACAGAUUUGUCACUCUCGGCAAGCAACGAUGGACUUCCAGAAUCGUCCAGGCGGCAAAACCGGUGGUGGUGGCGUCGCCUCCUGGUCGGAGAGCAAUCGCGACCGUCGGGAGCGGCUCCGUCAGCUUGCCCUGGAGACCAUUGAUUUGAAUAAGGAUCCGUAUUUCAUGAAGAAUCACCUGGGUUCAUACGAGUGCAAACUAUGUCUCACUUUACAUAACAACGAGGGUAGCUACCUAGCGCACACGCAAGGCAAGAAACACCAGGCCAAUUUAGCCAGGAGAGCUGCAAAGGAAGCCAAGGAAGCGCCACAAACCCUUGCGCCGGAAAAGCCUCGGGUUGAGCCGAAGAAGUUUGUUAAGAUCGGUCGACCUGGUUACCGGGUCACCAAGCAGCGUGAUCCAGAGUCUGGCCAGCAAAGCCUACUGUUUCAAGUAGAUUAUCCGGAGGUGGCGGACAAUGUGAUACCACGACAUAGAUUUAUGUCCGCCUAUGAGCAAAGAGUCGAGCCACCAGAUCGCAAGUGGCAGUAUCUUCUAUUUGCAGCUGAGCCAUAUGAAACUAUUGCUUUCAAAGUGCCUAGUAGAGAAGUCGAAAAGGCAGAAGGAAAAUUUUGGACUCAUUGGAACAAAGACACAAAGCAGUUUUUCUUGCAGUUUGCAUUUAAGAAUGAGAAGCCAUCUGUGGGCAAAGUACCACCACCACCAGUUCCUUUGAUAAGGCCAGGACUAGGUCCAAUGGUGCCUGUACCACCACCUCCACCUAGACCACCUAUGUUCAAUCCAGUACCACCACCACCAGCCCUUUUGGCAACUGGAAUGCAAAUACCUCCCCCACCACCUCACAUAGCAUAAGAUAUUCACUGGACCGAGUCAAAUCAUUUUUUAAAAAUAAUAGUGAAAAUAAUAUUCAUUAUUUUCACUAUCAACAUGAGAGAUCAAUCUUACUAUGGAUCAAAAUUCAAGAGUGCAUAAUGUGGACUGUAUAAUAAGCUUUAAAAAUUAAUGUAUAAGACAACUUGUAAAAAUGGCACAAAGAACAAGAGAAAUGUACUAAAAAAGUUUUUAUUUCAUCGAAAUACAUCCUCCAUUAAUACAUCCAAA